CAGCCAGACCUCCGGGGGGCAGUGCCGCGCUUUAAGGCGCCACCGCAGAGGCUGCUGAUUUCAACCCGCAGAAGAAGACGGCGACUGUGAGACAAGAGGAAGAAAAUGACAGGGCGCGCAAAAAGAAAACCCAAAUCCAGUCAGGACUUGGGUAUAGGCAAUGGGGAGUUGAAGAAAGCCCGUACGGAGGAAUCCCGAGCCUCGGCGGCGCCAGCGCGUUCAGACCAACGCGAUGAGAUGCUUCAACUGUACAAGCUUCAAAUGCCAGAAGAUCUGUACCACUUCUGGGACUUCUGCAAGGAGCUGUGUCCCGGCAACCCACGGGGGGCUCUAAAAGACGCGCUGGGUUUGCAGCUGGUUGGUCCCUUCGACAUCCUGGCAGGAGCGCACAAAGGCGCCGACAAUCCUCAGCCCAACUUCCACCUCCACUGGCGGUAUUUAUACGACCCGCCGGAGUUCCAGACCAUCCUCCUGGGGAGUGGAGACACUCAGCAUCACAUCGGCUACUACAGAGACGCUCCAGACUCCCUCCCUGUGUUCGUGGGGGGGAAUGAAGCCAAGAAAGGGUGCGCCAUCGCGCAGAUGGGAGACAACGUGUUUGCUGCAGUCCUCCUGUAUCAGUCGGGGAGGAGGAAAGAGAGGGGCAGCAAGAGAGCCGGAGGAGAGGCCUCGGACGGCCUGGAGGCCCGGCUGAGGGACAGAGCAGAGACGCUGGGCUUGUCCCUAGAGCAGAAGACCAAAGCCAUGAAGCAGAGGGACAAGAAGGUGGUCACCAAGACGUUCCAUGGUGCCGGCAUCGUUGUACCUGUAGACAAGAACGAUGUGGGAUACAGAGAACUACCAGAAACCGAUGCUGGCCUGAAAAAGAUCCUCAAGGCGAUCGCAGAGGCCCGAAACGACGAAGAGCGCGUCAAAGCCUUCGGCCCUCUGCAGGAGAUGGUCACAUUCGUUCAGUUUGCCAACGACGAGUGCGACUACGGCAUGGGAUAUGAGCUAGGAAUGGACCUCUUCUGUUACGGAUCCCACUAUUUCCACAAAGUCAUCAGGCAGCUUCUGCCCAUGGCCUACAGCCUCCUGAAACGCAAUCUGUUUGGGGAAAUUCUGGAGGCUCACCUGUCCAGCCGCGGCAAAGACCAGCUGGACCAGCUCUCGGCACAUUAAAAGAAAGAAGAAGAAGAAGAAAAAACAGACUGAGAAGUACGCCCCCCACAACCCCCGUCCCAGUCUGUUUGUUAUUGUUCAUGUUUUUUGGUGGUUUUGGUGCUGUCAUUAAUUGGAACCAGUUCAAUGAUGAUCUUGUUUGUAAAAGGUAGAUGUCUAAUAAAGUAUUUUUAUAUAUUUUUCAGUCUGCUUUUUAAACUUUCUCCUUCUUCACUGUAUUGUUUUG